AUGCAAGAUGCCUCAAUUGGAGUCAUGGGAGGGUGGAAAGAUGGAUGUUGGCUAUGGGGUGACCUUGGAAUUCCGGCCCCCACUGGUUCUGGUUCGGCUGCUGGCUGUUUGGAGUUAUUCCAGCUGUUGUCGGCAGCUACUGUUACGGCUAACCAGCUGGAUUCCACCUCUUGGCAGCAUGAGGAUGAUAGAGUUUUUUCUUUUUCUUCUUGUUAUAAUGUCCUGUAUAGAAAGUAUAUUCCUUUUGGCCUGAACAAUUGCUAUGACUCGGCUUUUGUUGCUAUUUGGAAGGUAGAAGUUCCUUUAAAAGUAAAAGUGUUUGGAUGGAGGAGCUUUCUCAACAAAGUCCCAACUAAAGACUUGCUUUUGAAUAGAGGUAUUCUUAAUUCUUCUUCGAGUUUAGAAUGUGUUUUUUAUGAUGACUUUGAUGAGUCUUUGCACCAUUCUUUCUUACUUUGUCGAAAUGUCGCUAUUGUUUGGAAGGAGAUGUCCGAGUGGAUAGGAUUGUGUUAUAUUAGCAUUUUAGACUUUAAGGAGAAUUUUUGGUAUUGGAGCACUUUUUGUCGCGCAAAGAAGGUCAAAAGAGGAAAGGAGGAAAUUGUUUUGUUAGCUAUUCUUUGGAGUAUUUGGUUGCGUAGGAAUGAUAUAGUUUUUAACAAUUCUUCUUGGAAUUCAAGAGAUGUGGUGUGGAGUUGUAAAGCGCUUAUUUGGAGGUAG